AUGCCGUCUUUACAGCUCUUGCCACUUUUUCUCGGCCUUGCUGCCGCGGCCAAACACCGCAUCGACGUUGGCAAAGGAGGACUCAAGUUUGAGCCCAACACCACGACCGCCGCAGUCGGCGACACCAUCGAGUUCCACUUCUACCCUGAGCGACACAGCGUGGCGAGGGGUAUCUUCGACAAGCCUUGUGAAGCCGCCACGACGGACGGCUUCUACUCUGGAUACUUCAACGUCACCACCGGAGAAGCAAAAUCCGUUUUCGAAGUAAAGGUCGACACCACGGACCCGAUCUGGAUCUACUGCACGGCCGCCCGGCACUGCGAGAGCGGUAUGGUCGGCGUCAUCAACGCCAAGCACUCCGACAGCAACAGCACCAACACCCUCGAGGCAUAUGCCGCCGCGGCCAAGGCCUACACGGGCCUGUCGCAAGUGCCACCCGACGUCUUUGGCGGCGAGGUCAAGGCGCUCAACAGCACCGGCGGCUCGUCGACCAAGUCGCACACAGGGACACACAGCCCGACGGGGACUGCCACAGCAAGCGACUCGGGUGCGACCAUGUCCAUGACGGCCACAGGCGCGGCGGGUUCCGCGUCGGCGUCGGCGACACAUACCGCUGCGGCUGCGGACUUCGUGCCGCAGGGAGUGGGGAUCCUUUUGGCUGGUAUGGUUGCUGCUGUGGUGGUCUCGUAG